CACUGCUUUGGUAUCGCCCCGCUCAACAGAGAGUCGGAGUCGCAGGUGUAUUUGGAAUAGACAUAGAGUUUGUUGGACCUGAGAGUAGAUUUAAAGGUAGAGAGGAGGGAAUCAGAUGAUGGUGGAGGAUAUUUGUCACCUGGCAGAAACCUGAAGGACAGACUCAUAACCAUACCCGCCUGCUUUGCCUAACUUCAACUGAUAGCAGGAGGAGAGGACUAACCACACUUCAGCUCUGAGUUGGGAAUCUACCCUCUUUGGCCAGAUGAACAAAGCAAGAGAACUCAGAGGGAAACUGUUCUUCCUGUUCGUUUCUACCAUCCUUUUCAUUCUCUAUGUCAUUGGCACAUCCCCUGUGGAGUACAUUUCCCUCCCAAGGCUGCAGGAGCCUCCGAAAGUAUGCCCUGGGAGGACUACCGAGGACACCAUCACCCCCCUGAACAACACUGACCACUUCCUGGUGUCAGCCUUCAUGGACCAGAGAGUGAAAGGAUUUGAUUUACGCAUUAUUAGCAUAUUUAAAACGAACUCCACCAAACCUCUUUACUGUCUUUUCUGCUGUGCAGGCCAGUUAUCAAAUACAACUCCAACAAACAUUUUACAACAUAGAGAAAACUUUGGUUUUCUCUUUGUCACUGCGGAUAUCAUGUGUCAGAUUCCUCAAAACUGCAACGCUACACAUGUUACUCUUCAGACUAAGCCAGAAAGAGUGAAGGCAUUGGACCAGCUUUGGCUUCCUAUAAGAAACCAGAAGACCAAAGGGAAUGAGGAGAAAAAGUUGCAGUUUAACUUCACAGUCUGUCUCUCUAAUUUGUUUGGAGGAAUCAACAACGUGCUUCAGUUUGCACAAUCGCUGGAGAUGUACAGGUUGCUAGGUGUUGACAGGGUGGUGAUCUACAACACCAGCUGUGGCCCAGAACUGGACCUCCUGUUGCAGAGCUACAGCAGGACAGGCUUCCUGGAGAUAGUUCCUUGGCCAAUCGACUUGUUUCUGAGUCCAUCUUGGGGCUGGCUCUACUCUGUGAGCAGGGGGGACAUGCAUUACUUUGGUCAACUGGCUACACUUAACGAGUGUGUUUACAGAUCCAUGGACCGGUCGCGUUACGUCCUGUUGAACGAUAUUGAUGAGAUUAUAAUGCCAUACCAACACAACAACCUGAUGUCUCUGAUGAACACACUCCAACAGCAGCAUCCAAAGACAGGUGUGUUCCUCAUUGAGAACCAUAUCUUCCCCAAGACUGUUUUCGAGCCAAGCAAGAGGUUUCAUCUACCUAAGUGGGACAAAGUGCCAGGGGUCAAUAUUCUGGAGCACAUCUACAGGGAGGACCCCGACAGAACAAAAUAUCACCCGCACAAGUUAAUAGUUCAGCCAAGGUUGGUGGAGCAGGUUUCUGUGCAUGCACCGCUCAAGGCUUUUGGAACCACAUACAAAGUUCCCCCAGACGUUUGUCGGAUCAUUCACAUCCGUGUUUCUCUGAGGGGAAAAUCUAAUACCGAGGAGCUCAAUAAAGAUACACGCCUGUGGGACUUUAACGAAAAACUGAUUCCCAAUGUUGACAAAGCACUGGAGAGAGCAGGGCUGCUGAGAUCAGAACCUGCCCUUUAACAGGUUAUGUACUUCAAGGUCUAGAAACGUCAACUGAUCAUCUGUUCUAAUGAAACUCAGUUUAGUCUUGAAACCUUUCUGUGUUCUAAUCUCUUUCCAUUUUUUACAAAAGCAACUCCAAUAUUUUUGCCUGUUUUGUCAUGUUUCUGGUGGUGGAACUUUUUAGAAACAUACCAAGAUUUUUAGGUUGGGUAGAAUCAAAGAUCUGAACCAGUUGCUUGACUGCUUCAAUUGCUGCAACUCUCACUGUGAUUGGUAGUUCCGCCUCUGGUUGGGAAUCUAUUGUUUUCUUUGGCUAGACAGACAAGGUAAAAGAAUGUCAUCCUCCAGAUCCUUGUUAUCCUCCUCUUACAUGUAUUAAUGCGUGUAAUGUAUGUGUGGAUGCAGGGUUCUCUUGGCAGUGUCACCAUGGUGUAUGCAAAUAUCUGCUGUAAAUGUGCCCACACUCAUGCAUGGCAUUCCAUGAAUAUGUGCUGCAAUAUGAGAUGUUGUAGAAGAAAACCAACGGAGGGGAAGAGACAAGGUUCUGUUUUGUCAACAACGAUGUGUUCUAGUUUUCACGGACCCUGGAGACGUGCAGGUCAACACACUGUGAGACAAAUAUAGUACACUGGAGGUGGACACAGUAGCAGCUUGAGAGAGAGAUCUGUAGAGGUAAAGAAGGGCCUCUUUGACACAGCCUCAAGAUGAGCAGGAAGACAUUGUUUAACAUAAUGGAUGAAACGCUGCUAUUAGAUAGAUUAGUUCGAUAAAAUGACUGAUGCUAUCAAUUUGAUUCAAAGAACUUUAUUAAUCCUUUUAGGGGCAAGUGGUUUUGAGCAGCUUGUACAUAAAAUACAUAAUGAAAUGGCACAC